AUGAUGCUCCGCGUGACGCGGCCGUCUGGAUCGCCAGUCGGCUCUCAGAUCAUCGUGCAGGACCCGAGCGGCCGCCAGUUCCGCGCGCGCAUCCCUCCUGGCGUGGCCGAGGGCGGCGUCUUCCAUGUUCGCGUCCCGGCGGCAGCGCCGGCCAUGUGGGACCACGCGUACGCCACGCCCGCACCGCGCUCCUCGGGCGGCGGAGGAGGCCAGGCGGCCGUGCCUGGCGGCCUCCCUGUCGCGGUCCCGACGCCACCAGGAGGGAGCGUGCCGAUGGGCCUGCCCGUCACCGCCACGCCAGCGCAGCGGCAGCAGCCGCCUCCGCCUCCCUUCUCGCGCGAGACCGACGAGGAGCGGGAGGAGCGCGAGCUCGCUCAGGCGCUCGCCGAGAGCGCCCGCCUCGCCGAGCCGAGCAACUCGUCCUUCGGGCUGCGGCCGCGGACGGGUAGCGACGGCGUGACCCGACAGCUCGCCGAAUGCGCGGACCUGUGCGCGGAGCCGUGCGCCGUGUUCUGGGACGCGUCGAGCCGGCGCGAGCUUCCGUCGAAGAGCUGCCCGCUCUGCCGCUGCGACUUCGACAAGGCGGUCGUGCUGCCGUCGCUCGAGCGUCAGCCCGAGGUCUGGUUCCGCACCUGCGACGUCAAGGGGGACGGGUACCUCUCGAAGCAGGAGGUGAUCAACGUGCUGCUCUCGCAGUUCCCUCUCGACGUCGACCGCUUCGAGGCCCGGAUGGAGGACGCGUGGCCACAGGUGGACCCGAACGGCGACGGGGACGAGUUCUUUGCCCCCGAGACCGGCCUGCUCGCGCUGGUCCGCGCCAACCUGUCGGACGACAUGCGCGUCGAGCCCGUCGAGGCGGCGCCGCCGGACGUGCGGACGCAGCGGAACGCGUGGUUCGACCACUUUGACGAGGAUAAGACGGGGUCGCUGACGCAGGAGGAGUUGACGCGCGCGCUCGUCAAGACGUACGCGCUCGGCGCCGACCUCGCCCAGGUCCGCACGAUGCGCGACUUCGUCGCGGCCGUCUUCCCGGCCUUCACCGCCGAGGCGACCAUCUCGCGCGACGCCUUCCUGCGGCCCGGCGAGGGCCUCGCCGACACCAUCAUCGCGCAGCUCGACCACCUCUCGCCCCGGCCGUCACCGAGUGGUGUCUGA